AUGGCGUCCAUCGGGAAUGUCCCUGGCAGCUUGUGGGAAAAGGCUUUCCAACUACUGGAUUCUGAUACACAAAAGGGAUUAGGUCCGUCCAAGACGAAUAGACGUGAUGUUCUGAGCGCGGUACUCCAAGAGGUCGAAAAAGCGAGGGAUUUGGCCCUACGAAAGAGAUGGAAGUUCACAAAGCCCAACGGCGACGUGGUGAUCGUUAGAGAUGUAAUGGAGAAGAUCGCAGGAUGGAUUCAACGUUUCAAGGAGACCGGCGAUGCGGCAGUGCAAUAUGACCCUGCUCAUGCUGCAUUGCCUUGGGCGGCAUUUAGGUUCUUGUUGCAAACCACAGUGUCUGAAGUUCAAGUAUUCUCCGCAGUAGCUACAGACCUUGAAGACAUUGCUCGAAGACUCGCGAGGUAUCGCAUGAUCGAGAAGCUCCACUUGCGCGGGAUGCAGUCCGAGAUAGAAAGUGAGGUAGAGCGCGCUUUGAUCCGCCUUUAUGCAGAGAUCCUGACGCACUUGAGCUACGCUGUGAGGUUCUACAGUGAAAGAACAAUCACCCGGGCGCUCAAGAGUCCCUUCCGCACAGUCAAGGAAGACCGAAAAAAGGAAUUGCAAGAUCGAGAGCAUGAAGUCAACCAGCUUACAACACUUGCGGACGCGGAUAUACUUCGCUCUCUCGAUGGGACAUUUAAACGAUUUUCCAUGCAGUCGUCUAAGUUAUUGUCCCAAGACAAAUUCAACGAAAUUGCCUCAUGGCUAUCCGUCGCACCUUAUUACUCCCAUCACCAAUUCAUUGCCGAAUCUCGCCUGGCAGGUGUCGGCCAAUGGUUGCUCAACCACCAGGACUAUUACCAGUGGCUCACCUCAAGCUCGUCCUCUCUUUUUUAUCUCUAUGGAAUCCCUGGGUCGGGCAAAUCGACUUUGUGCUCUGUGGUCGUGGAUACCAUGAUUUCAGCGGCUGGCAACGACCCAUUUGCGUCUCCUUUGGGAUAUUUCUACUGCGCGAACCCCGAGUUCGAAAAGGCGCGUCGUUCGUGUGACGAUGUCUUAAGAACUAUACUGUUUCAACUUUCCAUUGAUCCUUCGAGUCGGACGACGGUGAAACAGUUUCUUUGCUCGGAGUAUGAACGACAACUGGCCCGAUCUCCGGCCGGUAGGUUUGAUAUGAUGAAGCUCCGGACCAAAGACUGUGUGCGACUUAUACUGGAACUGGCCGAAGAAGAUCCUAUCACAAUCAUCAUCGAUGGUCUCGAUAGUAUCGAUGAUGAUGAUAGAUAUACGCUCGUCAAGGCCCUCGAUGAUAUAGUCUCCCAGGCCGACAACGUAGUGAAGAUCUUCGUCACGAGCAGAAGCUCUAACCGAGUCGCCAUGAUACCAACGGCCGCUUUCAAAGUCCAAAUCACUCCCGCGUCGACGAGACAAGACAUGGAGGCUUUUGUGAAGCAUCAAAUUGACGCCGCGCUGGCAGCCAAAUUGCUACUCGGGGGAGUUGUCGGCUUCGACACCCGCAAGGUUUUGGAGGAAGCACUACUUGAAGGUGCCGGUGAGAUGUUUCUCUGGGUCAAACUCUACAUGGAGCGAAUAUGUCGUGAAACAGUUGAGGAUGAUGUCCUCUCCGCUCUCCGCGAUAGGCUCCCCGAGAGCAUAGACCAGCUUUAUCAAAGCUCACUCGACCGCAUAUCGCGAGCCGGGGAUAAAGCCCGUGGCCUUGCAAUGAAGGCCUUGUCGUGGGUACUGCACAUGAGAGAACCCCUGACCCCACCGGCCCUUUUGGCGGCGCUGGGAUCUGGCCAGGAUCCAACCUUGGAUGCAGCCCAGCUGAUGAAUAUUUGUUAUAAUUUGGUUCUUCUGGAUACUCAGUGCAACGUCGUAAGGUUCUCGCACCAGUCAGUUCAGGACUUCCUCAGAGGCCACGAGAGUUUUUCUUCGAGAACAGCACAUAAUCUCCUGGCUUCUAUCUGCAUCGAGGCUUGCUCUCGUGGACCAGUCUCAGAGAACGCCACGUCAAUACCAAGCGACGACUUUUACGUCUACGCCGCAAUUUACUGGCCUGUUCAUUCCAAGAUGGCCAAGGACUUAUGUACAAGCGGACCAUCGCCUGACGACGCAAGUCUCACACAAAACAUAAUCUCAUUUAUGUUCGACGAAGACUGGCUAACGACGCUGUCCUUCGAACUUUGGAUUGAAACAAUAAGUGAUAUCGUCACUUCUCUCCAAAGAAGCCAUGAAAUGAUACCCGCUUUAUCCACCAUUUCCGAUUCCGAAAACGGGUUUCUUUUCGUGUUGAGUACCUUCGGACUCGAUGAUGUCCUCAGGAUGGGUCUGUCGCAGAUUGAUUCUAUUGAUACCAAUCAACGGACCCAGGUAGGGUAUACGCCUGUCUACCUCGCGUCUACGUUUGGGCAUACGCCUACUGUGACGACCCUGGUGAGAUAUGGUGCCAAACUCAAUGUCGAAUGCGGGAAGUUCGGAAGCCCGUUGCAUGCGGCAUGUUUCAAUGGGCAUUUUCAGGUAGUCGAAAAGCUCCUGGAACUUGGAGCCGACACGACGUGCGGUUCUAAGUUCAAGAAUGCAUUACAAGCUGCCUUGCGAGGCGGCCAAGAAGAUGUAGCUGUGCAUCUUGUGGAUCUUGGUGUUGCAAUCACAAACGAAGAAGAGUAUGAGGAAGCAAUGCAAGGUGCUGCCUUGGUUGGUUUCGUCAGAGUUGUUCAGUUACUUGAAAGCUCCAAAUUCGAAACCCUCAAACGGGAAACCAAAGACAAGUUCAGGAAAAGGUUGUUGAAGGCGAUCCAGGGCGGGCAGCUCGAAGUUCUUCGGCGAUAUUUUCGCCGAAACAUCGGAGACGACGAUUUGAUUCCUUCGGAUGCUGUCGCUGUCGCAACCUUAUAUAAUCAUAAGGACUUAGUAGAGUUUCUUCUAGAUCAGAAGAUGGACGUGGAAGUUGAAGGGGCCUUUGGGUCUCCAUUGAGGACAGCUGCAUUGCUCAACUACCGACCAAUGGUUCGUCUUCUGCUGGACAAAGGGGCAAACAUCAAUGCUUCCGGUGCUUUAGGCGAUGCGCUCCAAGCUGCUGGACUAAAAGGACACGACAGCCUUCUGAGACUUCUCAUUGAAGAAGGUGCCAAAGUGAAUCAGCAGACAGGGUUCUACGGAUCGGCGCUUCAGGCUGCAGCAUACCAUGGUCGGCUGCGGUCUGUAGAGCUGUUAUUGAAUGCAAAGGCAGACGUACAUCAAGCUGGAUUCUCGAAGGAUGCGUUUCACGCGGCUGCUGCGGGCGGCCAUGAAGACGUCAUUGCGCUGAUGCUCCGAAAAGGCUACACUUACCAACGAGACUUCUUGUCCGAGGCGAUGUGGACCUUGAUACCUACGAUUUCACCUCUUCAAGCCGUGAUUAGAGGGUUGGUCAAGUUUGACCCGGAAACGGACUGGGACCGGAACGAUAUAGGAUGGUUGCAUCAGGGAAGGCACUCGCCACCGCACGCUGAACUAGAUCAACAGGAGCAAACUUUGGCUUUUCUUCUCGACAAGGGCUCUGAUCCUAACGAUCUUGGCGGACAGACGGUAUACCCGGUGCAACUAGCUGCGAAGCACGGUUCUGAGCAUAUCGUGGAUCUCCUUAUUUCAGCAGGGGCGGAUGUAAACGUGGAAGGCCGCGACAAGAACUUUUCUCCCGACCGGUCUCCGCUUGGUGAUUCCCAUCUGGGCUCGACAAACAACAAGAAUCCACUUUUCGCAGCGGCUGGUCGUGAGCUAUCGGCCCUGUCGAUAGUGCGAAAGCUUGUAACUGCCGGGGCAACUGUGCCAUGUCAUCUUGACGAACAACACAGUCUCUUAGAACAGGCUCUCCGCUAUUUCCAUGGAAAUGUUACUGGAAACCAAACCCAUGGAUCGUACCGAUCUACAGACGGGAAAUUUACCGUAACGUCAUCUUUGGAGUAUCUUUUCACGGAGGGCUGUGGGGGAGUUCUUCUUUUCUUCCUCGCCCAAAUGCCAUAUGUCCGGACAACAAACAUCCAAUGGGGCCUGGUUUUACAAAUGGCUGCUUUUAUCGGAGACCUUAAAGCUGUUGAUCUCCUCGUGUCCCGAGGUACGGACAUCAAUAGUAUUGGGUACUUUUACGGCACGGCUCUACAGGCUGCAUCCUCGCGUGGUCACGACAAAGUAGUGCAAAGUCUAUUGGAUGCUGGGGCCAACGUCAACCUGAUAGCAGGCCGGUGGAAGACACCUUUGAGAGGCUCUCUUGUUGCCGGUCACGAGCAGAGUGUGAAAAUCCUUUUCCAACACGGAGCUAGGGUAGACAUGGAAAUCCCAUCGUCGCAGAGCGACUCGGGAGUACAGACUGAUCUGCAGUUGGGAGUUGCAACCAAGGAUGUGAAGAUUGUCAAGCAUCUCUUGUCCCAAGGGGCAGACCCAAUUAUUGACCCCCAGGAAGGACAACAUCCCCUUAUCAUGGCUUCUGGAAAUGGAAGUUUGGCUAUCGUUCAGGAGUUGAUUCAGGCCGGGGCGCCAGUGAAUGUUCACGGGAAGAAAAGGAGGAGUUAUAUGCACUUUCAAGCUGAGGAUGCGAGUCCGAUGCAUGCAGCCAUUGCAAAUGGCUCUUUGGACGUGGUCAAAGUACUCUUGGAAAACGGCGCCGACAUCGAACUCAGUGUUCAUGAAUCAGGCACACCUCUCACUAUCGCAGCUACUAAAGGUCGGGUCUCGAUUAUGCGUCACUUACUACUGGCUGGUGCAGAUGAUAGCAGCAGCUCGGCUUUCAGGAAAGCUAUUGAAAACAAUCACCUCGACAUUGUGAGAGUACUACUCGGAGAAGGAGCUCAGGCUAUGAGCAUGCUCCCCUUGGCAUGCGAGCGUGGUCGCACCAAAAUGAUUGAGCUGCUUAUUGAAAGCAUUCCCGACAAAGGCUCUUUAGAGACAGCUCUUGAUGAGGCAUUCACCGUCGCAGGUCUCAAAGAUUCUGUCAUACGAGUCCUGCUUUGCUUCGCAGCACCGACAGCACAUCGGUUUCUCAAAGUUUCUGCAGUGGGAUCAGCAUCUUCUGUCAAGUUGAUGCUGGAACAGGGUGAUAUUGACGUCAAUCUACCAACAGAAGAUGACGGCAAUUUGCCGCUGCAAGUCGCAGCACUGAAUUUGAAUUUUGAGGCAGUACAGGUACUGCUUGAAAUUGGAGCCCACACAGAGUGCACCAGUGCCGAACAUGGCACGCCAUUAAUUACUGCCCUGGAAGUAUACGCUGUUUCGACGCUACGUACUGCGAAAGAUGAGAGACUCCGGAAAAUUGUCAACAGCCUCACCCUCCCCAAAGCGCGAAAACCAUCACCUACCUGGGUUUUGGGAAGGUGGGAUAACUACACUUCACAGUACAAGUCUAUGCAGCAGUUAUCCAAGUGCGAAGCCAUAGUGCAAUUUCUGAUCGACCACGGGGCAAACGUUGCUGACGUGGGGCGGCCUCUCGGGUCUCCAUUGCAUCUUGCCUGUCUCCUCGGAAGCAGCGCUAUGGUUGAGAAGCUCAUACUACAUGGCGCCGACCUUGACGCUACGGCCGGAUACUUCGAGAAGCCCGUUUUCGCUGCAAUCCAUGGCAAAAACGCAGACAUUGUCUCGUUACUUUUGAAGCAUACGCCAACCCCAAGCCAUGUUCAUACUGAAUAUUCCACCCCCUUACAUUACGCAUGUGCAGUGGAUGAUGCUGCAUCUGUCCGCAAGCUACUGGAAUCCGGUCUAGAUGCUGCUAUUGCCAACCGGCUUGGCGAAACACCGCUUACGAUUGCGCUGCGCAACUUUAGUUCUGAAUAUUGGCCAGGACGCGAUCGAAAAGAAACCUCUGUGGACGUGAUCAUCUCCAUGGCGGAGUCAAUUCGUGUCUCUGACCAAGAUAUUGUCGCUGCAUCUCAGCUCGGAACACUGGAUUCAAAGAAAACUGUUCGUCAACUAUUGGAUCUUGACAAGAGCGCGGCGUUUCAUGAAGAUACCAUGUGUCACAUCCUCACUUCCCGGUCGUAUGCUGUUGCGGAUACAAUCAAGCUUCUCAUGCCCCGCAUGGGUGGGAUCGGGGUGACUGACCGAAUGCUCAAAUGUGGCUCGAGCGAACAGGCCCUUAAAGCACUGCUCGAUUGCACCCCUAUGAGCAAGGUAACAAAAGACGUGCUUCUGGCGCAGGAGAACGUCGCAUGCAUGGCGCUCUUACUCAAGUUCGACAGCGCAGCUCCAGCUACCCAAGAGAUCCUGCUGCGAGCCUUGGAACUGAAAGACUAUGGAGGCGAGACCAAAAAAGGUGUCUUGGCAGAGUUAUUCAAGCGAAACCCAGACCUGUGCGUCACCCAAGACAUGCUGCAAGCAGUAGACUCUGCAGCCAUCUUGGAAAUAUUUCUCAGCCACUUCAGACCUGUGGCCGGAAUCUCCGAGGACACUCUGAACAAAAUAAUCACCUCGGCACAUUGGCAGGGGCAAGAAAUCCUACGUCUUCUCGUGAAGCACGACCCCAGCAUUCAAGUCAGCGACAAGAUCGUAUUGCAGUCUCUGAAGCACUCCUCUUCGCCAGUUGACACCCUUGAACUCCUUCUAGACCAUCAGCCAUCAAUUGUUGUAACGCCUCAAAUAUUCCUACUGGUUUGGAGGAAAUCACGCGAAGAUUCGAGAUUGAAGUUUCCAAAGCUUCUAGAAAAGCACGGAAAACGGGUCAUAUUCACAGAUGAAGUGAGAGCCGCCAUUGAUCAGGCUUACCAACUAACAAGUGAGGCCUCGAAGAAAGAGCGUGUUUACAGGUUACGGACAUCAGAUGAAGAACAGAUGGGCCAUCCCGAAACCUGUCCUAUUUCGUAA